GGGAAGAUUUGGGAGGGGAGCUUUCUCCUUUCAGUUCUGUCCACGGACAUCUUUGGGUCUACGACUUCUUGUGCUCCGGAGGACGCCACUGAGGUUUGAUUCAGUCCUAUCUUUACCAACGCACCGAAUCCCCACUACCUCCGACCACACCCGGAGGCACUAAGCUGCUUACUAGUUGGGUCAAGGUCGCCGUGUCUCUGUUGUCGUCUGUCAGGUGCAAUGGAAAGUAAACAAUUGGAAGUAGUUCUGAAAAGAUGGGGAAAAGGGUCAAAAAUAGAUAAAGUUCUAAGUAUAACAUCAGAAGCCGCAGUCCCUAAAGGCGAGAACUACCUCUCUGUGAUUACAAGACUGAAGCUUAAGGUUGUCCUUGGAAAUGGAAGAAUUUCCAGAAAAAACUUGAUUGUGAAAGAGACACUGAAAGAUGAGUCGGUAGCACAACUGCUCCAAGAAAUGGGAACUUUCAAAAUAGAAACAAUGAUGUAUUCUCUAAUUCUUAAAGAAUUUGAACAUUUGAUGGAUCACUUUGGUGACACCGAUGAUGUUAUGUGGGGUCAGAUGUAUUAUGCUGAACCAUUUUCCUAUAUGAUUUUUGAGGACUUGACGGAAAAGGGAUUCCGUUUAGCUAAAAGGCAAACACCAUUUGAUUUAGAACAUGCUUCUCUGGUUCUUUGGAAUCUGGGACGAUUCCAUGGGAUGUCUAAAAUCUUGGAACAGAAAGGAGUGUUUUCCAGGUCUGAUUUCAAGCCCUGUUCAUACACAGUCAACAAACAAGUGCAAGAAUGCUUUUUCUAUCAUGGUCUUAGAGCACUCAGCAAAGCAAUGGAGGACUCUUGGGGAUCUUCUUGGCAUACAAUUGCUCAACACAUAAAGAUGCCAUUAGACACUAUAAGAAAGAGGAUGGCUGAGCUUGGAACCAUUGAUGACACCAAGUUCAACACUCUCAACCACGGUGAUUGCUGGUGCAGCAAUAUCCUGUUUAAAUAUGACUGGAAAAAACGACCUGUUUCACUCAGAUUUAUUGACUUCCAAGAAUCGCACUAUGGGACUCCUGGGUGGGAUAUUCAUUUUUUCUUGAGUAUGAGUGUUGAUGCAAACGUUCGUAGGAAUCAUCUAGAAGACUUAUUGGAGACUUACACCAAUUCCCUCACUUCAACAUUGAAAUUCUACAACUAUGAUGGCAAAAUACCUACAUUAAAAGAUAUCAAGGAGGACAUGGACAGAUUGGCACUCUUUGGUUUUGUGAUACUCGGUGUUAUACACCCCUGUGUAACAUGUGAAGAGCAAUACACUAUUGAUUUGGACACUAUAAUUGGUUCGAAUGGAUCUGAAGGUUAUGACAUGGAAAUUUUUAGGUCCCAUAAAAUAAGGGAUCGCAUUGGGCCAGAUGUAAUUAAUGCUGUGGAAAAAGGAAUACUUUGAUUUAAUCUAAUGACAAAAAUACGGAAUGAAAAUGAAUAUUUUAAAUUUUCAAUCACUUUUUUAAUUUUAAUAAAGAU